AUGGCUCCACGUGAAUUACACCGAGUUGCUAUCAUCGGAUCUGGUAACUGGGGAUCAGCCAUUGCUAAGAUUGCAGCUGAAAACACAGCCCGUCACAGUGAUUUGUUCCAGCAAGAGGUUCCGAUGUGGGUUUACGAAGAACAGGUUAACGGUGAAAAUCUUACCACGAUCAUCAACGAGAAGCAUGAAAAUGUCAAAUAUCUGCCUGGUGUCCAGCUUCCAGUCAACUUGAAGGCCGUUCCUGCUCUGAUCGACGCGGCUAGAGAUGCAACAAUGCUUGUCUUCUGCCUACCUCAUCAGUUUAUCCCCAACAUCUGUCGUCAACUACGCGAAGCUAAAGUAACAGGUGCUGGAGCCUUCGCCAUCUCUCUUACCAAAGGUGUUGAUGUGACUGGUGAUCGGAUCAAGAUCUUUGCCGAUGUAAUCGAGGAGGAGUUAGGAAUGCCGUGUUGUGCCUUGAGUGGUGCUAACAUCGCCAAUGAGGUUGCACUCAACAAGUUCUCUGAAACCACAAUCGGUUAUGGUACCAGAUCAGAAGGAGAACUUUGGCAAAAACUAUUCCACACCCCUCAAUUUCACGUACAAAUCAUUGAGGAUCGUGCUGGUGUUUCUCUUUGUGGAGCUUUGAAGAAUGUGGUGGCUGUUGCUGCUGGGUUCUGUGAUGGAUUGGGUUGGGGUAACAAUGCCAAGGCUGCUGUCAUGCGAAUUGGCCUGUUGGAGAUGAAAAACUUCAGUAUGGAGUUUUUCUCUGGAGUCAAGGCGGAAACGUUUGUUCAAGAAUCUGCAGGUGUUGCAGAUUUGAUCACAACAUGUUUCGGUGGUCGAAACAGGCUGUGUGCUGAGGCGUUUGUAAAGACUGGAAAGCCUUUCGAACAACUCGAAACUGAACUGUUGGGUGGUCAAAAACUUCAAGGUGUGGCUACUGCUGAUGAGUUACAUCAGUUCCUCAAGGCUCGAGGUCGAGUUGGUGGAUAUCCUUUGUUCCAUGUUGUGUACAAGAUCUCUCAUGAAAACUUAGACCCUGCCAAACUCACUGCUCAUCUUUGA